AAGAAAAAAAUAUUAGAACAUCAAUAGAAAAUAUAUAUAUAAAAAGAAAAAAACAAGUAUAAUGAAAAUAUACCUCUAUGUUUAUUUCUAAAUAUAAAAAUAAAAAAAAAAAAUAUUAAUAAUAUUAUUUCAUAAUAAUUAAGUAAAGAGUUUGUUUAGUUUGUUUUAAAUAAUAAAAAGUUUAAGAGAAAGGUUUUUACGAUGGAAAGAAAAAAAAAAAAUAAACAAAGUGCGAAAUAUAAACACUUAAAUCAUGUGAACAAUCGCCUGAUUACAAUAACAAAUUCUGAUUGGCCCAUAGAUUUUAUGUCAAUCUGGAUUAUUAUAAUUAAUAAAAAUGCAUUUAACGUUCAUGCAAAUUUUGUACUACUCACUAUGCUAUUUAUAACUAGAAUUACACUGCAAAUUAAACUCUUUAUCGCUUUAAAUAAUACAAAACCCUACUUAUAUACCAUUACACCCAUCCACUAACCAUUUAAUCUAGGUUUUUUAUUAAUUUAAAACCCAUAAUAAUGCAUAAG